UCACCAACCACCGGAAGAAGCAGGAACCGGAAGCUGCUAGCAGAGCUAGCUUGUUGUUGUUCCUUUGGCCUCUCUGAGAAACGCGCUCGUUUUGCUGCUUUCAUCAGAUUGAAGAGGUUCCCUCUAUCAGACUCGCUCAUCUGAGUUGGUCAUGAUGCAGGAUCGCUGCUCGCUCUCUCAUCCAUCCUGCUCACACUCUCCGACGGAAAAGGCCCGAAUCUGAAUGUGACUCUGGAGGAAAAAGCGGUUAGCUCUACUCCGUGAACUCUGCUGUUAGCUAAACACGGCUAAAGAAAACCUGCUACCACUUCAGGAUCAUCCAUCAGCUGGGACUGCUUCAUCAGCAUGGACACAGAUGUUCAACAGCUGGUGCUGGUUAAAGAAGAAGCUCCUGAGGAACAGAGUGCAGGUGAGGACCAGAAAGACCCAGAACACGUCCACAUGAAGGAGGAACAAGAAGAAAACUGGACCAGCCUGGAGGGAGAGCAGCUCCAUUUGAAGGAGAAAACAGAUGCUGCCAGGUUUCCAUUCACAUUGGCUUCUAUAAAGAGUGAGGAUGAUGAAGAGAAACCUCUGUUCUCACAGCUUCAUCAGCAGCAAGUAGAAGUCAACGAUGUCCAAACCAAAGAUGUUCAACAGCUGGUGCUGGUUAAAGAAGAAGCUCCUGAGGAACAGAGUGCAGGUGAGGACCAGAAAGACUCAGAACACAUCCACAUUAAGGAGGAACAAGAAGAAAACUGGACCAGUCUGGAGGGAGAGCAACUCCAUUUGAAGGAGAAAACAGAUGCUGCCAGGUUUCCAUUCACAUUGGCUUCUAUAAAGAGUGAGGAUGAUGAAGAGAAACCUCUGUUCUCACAGCUUCAUCAGCAGCAAGUAGAAGACAAAGAAGUUCCAACCAGCAGCUCAGCUCACCAGAUGACAGCAGAAACUGGUGGAAGAGAAGAAACUAGCAGGAACCAAGAUCUGAACCCUCAUGAACAGACAUCUGAUUCUUCAGAAACUGAAAUGAGUGGAGAUGAUGAAGAAGAUGAUGAUGUGAAUCUAGACUCUGAGCUGUCAGACUCUGGGUCUGAAACUGGGGAAGAAGACAGUGACUGGACUGAAAGCAGGUCUUCUAAGGCACAUGUUAGGACUGUCAACAAGUCCUUUAGCUGCCCUGAGUGUGGUAAACAGUUUCUCCACAAGAGGUCUCUCCAGAAACAUGUGAGCGUGUCAGGUCAUUCAGCAAUAAGGUCUUCAAGCUGUUUGGUCAAAAAGAAAUGUGUUAGAGUGAAGCAAAAUGUAGACUCAUGCAAGACAGUCCAGAAAGAACUAAAAUCAUUUAGUUGUGAUGUCUGUGGGAAAAUAUUUAGUGCAAUGUGUAAUUUAAACAGGCACAUGAGAGUCCACACAGGAGAAAAACCUUUUGUCUGUGAGACUUGUGAUCAAAGAUUUGCCUAUAAACAAGUCUUAGACGUUCACAUGAAAGUCCACACAGGAGAAAAACCUUUUGCCUGUGAGACCUGUGGUAAAAGAUUUCGCAAAAAGGUAGCUUUAAACAGUCACAUGAAAGUCCACACAGGAGAAAAACCUUUUGCCUGUGAGACCUGUGGUCGAAGAUUUUCCCAUAAACAAGCCUUAGACGUUCACAUGAAAGUCCACACAGGAGAAAAACCUUUUGCCUGUGAGACCUGUGGUCGAAGAUUUGCCCAUAAACAAGCCUUAGACGUUCACAGGAAAGUCCACACAGGAGAAAAACCUUUUGCCUGUGAGCUCUGUGGUCGAAAAUUUAGCCGAAAGGCAGCUUUAAACGUUCACACGAGAGUCCACAAAGGAGAAAAACCUUUUGUCUGUGAGACCUGUGGUCAAAGAUUUGACUAUAAAGCAGCUUUAAAUGAUCAUGUAAGAAUCCACACAGGAGAAAAGCCUUUUGUCUGUGAGACCUGUGGUAAAAGAUUUAGCCGAAAGGCAACUUUAAACAUUCACAUGAGAGUCCACACAGGAGAAAAACCCUUUGCCUGUAAGACCUGUGCUCGAAGAUUUGCCUAUAAACAAGACUUAGGCAUUCACAUGAAAGUUCACACAGGAGAAAAUCCUUUUGCCUGUGAGCUCUGUGGUCGAAGAUUUUGCCGAAAGGCAGCUUUAAAGGUUCACAUGAGAGUCCACAAGGGAGAAAAACCUUUUGUCUGUGAGACCUGUGGUCAAGGAUUUGACUAUAAAGCAGCUUUAAACAAUCACGUGAGAGUCCACACAGGAGAAAAACCUUUUGCCUGUGAGACCUGUGAUCGAAGAUUUAGCCGAAAGGCAACUUUAAACAUGCACUUGAGAGUCCACACAGGAGAAAAACCUUUUCCUUGUAAGCUCUGUGGUAAAAGAUUUGGCUAUAAGACUGCUUUAAACAGGCACGUGAGAGUCCACACUAGAGCCCUGCACUGAAGCCCUAGGCCCUGGGGCCGGGCUUCGGGCCAACGACUGUGUAAUUACCUCGGACACGGGCCCGGUGCCUUUAUUUUUAAUCGAAUUCAUUAAAAAAAUUUAAACACUUAAACCAGGGGUCGGCAACCUGUUCCCAUCAAAGAGCCAUUAUUACCCGUUUCCCACAGUAAAGAAAACACUGGGAGCCACAGCAGCCGCGGCGUUGUGGGCGGGGCCUACCCUCGGACAGCAGAGCGCUGCUCACAACAGGUGACAGCAGCCAGUACCGGUCGCUCGUGUACGUCAAAGUUAUCUUUCAUAAGAAGAUAAUCAAUAAAACGAUAUCUAUAAAAUGGAUCCAGAAGUUGUAGCCCGUCUCUGCCUACAAUAUUUAGAUAUUUUUCACCCUGUUGGUGGUUUUACUGAGCAGGUGCCACUUUUGUCAUACGUUUCUUUUUAAAACAUGUUUAGACUGUUCAGAAUACAAAUCCAGGCUCUGUCACGUUUGAUUGUUGUAAUUAAACUUUGUAGGUGGGGAAGGUCAGAAAAGGAUCCGAUCGUUUUGUUUUUCCCUCAUUUACAGUGACGGAGAUAACGGCGCAGUGCGCCUGGCUCUGGUGUUUAUCAAGUUAAAUUUUAUCUAUUUUCACAAGAAAACAGAACAGGUAAAAGCAGGGCUUGUGUUGACCGGACAGUUCCCGUAUUUGACCAUUUAUUUUGACAGAGAAAGAAUAGAAAGAAUUACCCCGACGCAUGCAGACGAACUGACAUUUUAUUCAUUUCGCAAAUCACAGAUGUAGCUAAAUCACCCAAGAAAAGAUUCCCAUCUGAACAUCUGAGCUGGACACUGCUCAGUGCAGCUCGCUGUCAGCGUCUACUACAUAAGGUACACAGCGAGCUGAAGAUGUGGAGAGGGUCUUGGAGCGCGUCGCAGAACCAGAGCGCAUGCGGGAAGAUUCCUCCGACUGAAUUCAGUCGGAGGAAUCUUCCCGCUGAUCUGAAUCUGAUGCGGCUCUGUGUGCUUGUAAAAUAAUGAAUAGAUAUUUAAAUAAAAUGCUUUAUAUUUUACUGAAUUAAUUUUAUAUCUGUAAGUCAAUUCUAUGUAAAGAUUUUCUGCGUAAACCUGAACAGGCCCAACCCAGUCUUACUGUGAGACCGGGUUGACGGGUCACGCUUGUGCGUAAUCAUAGGUGCUUUCUGAGCUAAAGAGGAUGUGAGAUUCUGGGCUUCUCAGACAACUCCUGGAUGUGUCGCCACAUUGGAGACAGGAACAAGCGCUAUUCAGCCAACGUUUAAUCAGGGAACAUUUUCUAAGUGACAAGUCUCUCUGAGAGACAGGGUUUGGAAAACACUCGCUUCAGUGGGAGGAACCUUCCCGCAUGCGCUCUAGUUUUGCAACACGCUCCAAGCCCAUCUCCACAUCUUCAGCUCGCUGUGCACAUAUGCGCUGACAGUGAGCUGCGCUGAGCAGUGUCCAGCUCAGAUGUUCAGAUGGGAAUCUUUUCUUGGGUGAUUUAGCUACAUCUGCGAUGUGGGUAGAAUAAAAUGUCAGUUCGUCUGCAUGCGUCGGGGUAAUUCUUUCUAUUCUUUCUCCGUCAAAAUAAACGGUCAAAUACGGGAACUGUCCGGUCAACACAAGCCCUGCUUUUAACUGUUCUGUUUUCUUGUGAAAAUUGUUGGAAAGAGAUAAAAUUUAACUAGAUUACCACCAGAGCCGCACUGAGCUGUUAUCUCCGUGACGGUAAAUGAGGGAAAAACAAAUUGAUCGGAUCCUGCACGUCUUUUAACACAUUGGUCAGGAUUGACACACUUUGUUUUCAUUUAGUUGGUUAAAAAAAAAGUCGGGCUCGGGUCGGGCCAGAGAAUCCUGAAAACCUUUUCGGGCCGGGUCGGGCUGGGGCUCCACCCCCUCGGGCCGGGCCGGACACGGGCUCAGAUUUUAGGCCCGUGCAGGGCUCUAGUCCACACUAGAGAAAAGCCUGUUUUCCUGUGAGACAUGUGGUCGAAGAUUUAGAGACAAGACAGACUUAAACUGUCACAUUACACUUCUCACAUGACAAUGAAUUAUUUUGAAGGUGUUUUUGAUGGGAAAAAACUUCCAUCGGUGAGAGCAGGGGAGUGGAGGUGGAGGAGAAUGUGUGUUUGUGUGUGUGUCUAGGGGCGUAGCAAGCUUUUGUAAAGUGUGUGUAAGAGCCAAUUAGUUGCUAAUUCAUUUAUGUUUAUGUAUUUAGCAGGCGCUUUUGUCCAAAGCGACUUACAAUUGAUAAUCGGCAUGUUGCCCUUGAGGCUAACAACAACAAUAACAACAACAACUUGACAUCAGUGACUA